AUGGCUAGUAACUGUCAUGCUGCCCAGGCAUUUCCAUCACGACAAUCUCCUGAUAAUCUCAUCAGGCCAAUUAUUGAGGAUUUCGUGGCAAAGGGGUACAGUAACACCGAAAUUGUUUCCUGCCUAUGCAAACACUAUGAUACUGAUGCAUACAAUGUUUUGAUUGACCUCCUGAAAAAGCGGCGCUCUCAGUGGGGGCUGAAGUCUGCUCGUGGGCAAGCCCAUACCAUCACAAGUAUUGGUCCUGCAAUUGAGCGAGUAAAAGAUUACUGUGUCAAGUAUUUUGUGAAAAGAAAGUUGAUUCUUCAUUACAUGAAUCUCUACCAUCAGGCAGAUGUUCAAGCUCGCAAGAGUCAACACCUGAAGAGGAGUGUUUACUGGACUCUCUUCCUGCAUGUCACAAUUGAGCCAUUUUCAGGACACAUACUUUGGAUCAAGAUCUGGUGGACCAACCAUAACCCCUGUCUUAUUUGUGGAUGGUACUGUGAUACUGUACAAGCCCUUGGUGCCAUGCCCCUUGUAACCCAGAGUGACCCUGGAAGUGAAAAUAAUGGCAUUGCUAAUGGAUUCAAAGAUAUUCUAGAAUAUGGCUUCACCAUGGGAAUCUAUAAUCCUGAUGAUGCCUUGGAAAGGUUCAAUCAUGUCAAACCUCACCAUAAUAUCCACAAGAUCCUUCCACAUGGUCAUCCAAAUGACAUAUUCUACCAUGCCAAAGAAUAUGAUUCUUGUGACUUUGCAAUAUAUGCUCCUCUGGAUCACCCUGUCUUUCUCCUAGUUCUGCAAGAGUUUUCUCAACAAACCUCUGUAUUCAUGGCGGAGCUUGGCUCAACUCCAGUAACUGGGGACAAUGUCUGGAAUGUCUAUGCUGACCUUCUGAUGUGUUUCCAAUCAAUUGAAUGGGAUGAAGGGAUUCGCAAACUUCUUGUGGUGCAACUCCCACUUCCUUGUGACAGGGACAACCUUAUUGGCUCCAAGGACUUACCUAUUGUAGAUUUGCCACUGUUUGUUGAAGGUAGUGGUCCAGGCAGUGAUAUGGGUGCUGAGAAGAUCUCAGAUGAGGAGUCAGGUGAUGCAGAGUUGGAUUUCUAUGAGUUUGAUUGGACUGAUGAUGAGCUUUUGUGA